UGAGAAUCCUCUGUUCCCAUCUAUUUGCAUGCCCCAUACCUCUGGGGUAUGGCAGUGAACUCGGAGUAUAUAUUUGACCUGUGUUCCGUUAUGGUUGCCCAUCGCUGUUGUUUCUGAGUGACGAUAGUAUAGCUCUCGAAUCUUGCAUACCUAUGUGAUUUCUCUCAAGACGCUUGUUCCUGUCUCAUCAACCAUCCAAGCACAUACGCAGCAAUGGCACCACGUACAUCAACCAUGAUCAAUCUCAUCUCUUGGACCGACAUCCCAGUAACAGACAUCUCACGGGCUAAAGAGUUCUACUCCACCAUUUUCGGGUGGACCUUCCCAACCUUCGGUCCUCCUCCAACCGAGCCCGUCACUCAAGCUCUCUUUAAGAAAGGUUCCAUGAACGGCUCAUUCAUCCUUGUUGAACCCGAGAAGAUGAUUUCUUCCGUUACAUCUGAGGAGAGUUGUGUAGCUGUGAGGGUCACGAUCACUGUCGAGAGCGUGGACGAGAAGAUCGUGGAAAUCGAGAAAGCGGGUGGGAAGUUGUAUUUGCCGAAGAAGGAACUCCCUGGUGGUAGAGGGUUUACGCUUUUCUUUACUGAUACUGAGGGAAAUGUUAUGGGGCUUUGGUCUAAGGAAUAGUGCGUGGUGAGCUGAUG